GGUCACGGAGCAAAGUUUAUCGUCCUGCGCGCUGGCUGCAAAAUGGAGCCUGGAAAUGGUUUAUUACAAAUUGUCCGAUUUAUUUCAGAAUGCCUAUGCGAACAUUGGUUAACCUUGGCUCUUGGAAUCCCCGCAUUUGGUCUGACAUUGAUAGCAAAGAAAUUUGGCAUAAUUUAUCAGCUUCUUCACAAACCAGAUGCAAAUUCCAACAGGCAUGGUGGGGAGCUUGUAGCCAACACUUUAAAAGCACAUGGAAUCAAGUUUAUUUUCACUCUUCCAGGUGGCCAUAUUUCUCCCAUCUUAGUUGCAUCUGAAAAAAUAGGCAUCAGGAUCGUGGACACGAGACAUGAGGUGACAGCAGUGUUUGCGGCAGAUGCAGUGUCAAGGUUGUCGGGCACUGUAGGUGUUGCCUGUGUCACUGCAGGACCUGGUCUUACAAAUACUGUGACUGCUGUCAAGAAUGCACAGAUGGCAGAAUCUCCGGUGCUGUUGAUGGGUGGCGCCGCCGCGUCGCUGCUGAAAGGACGCGGCGCGCUGCAAGACAUCGACCAGAUGGCGCUCUUCAAGCCGCUGUGUAAGUACUGCGCGACAGUGACGAAGGUGCGGGACAUCGUGCCGACGAUACGCGCGGCGCUGCGGGCGGCCCAGUCUGGCACGCCGGGACCCGUCUUCAUCGAGUUCCCGAUCGACGUACUCUACCCGUACAAGCUCGUCGCGCGAGAGCUCGGCGCAAAGCCGGACGCGAAGGGCGUGGCGGCGCGCAUCGUCGGCUGGUACCUGCGCAACCACCUCGGCGACCUCUUCGCCGGCGCGUGGGAGGAGCGCGACGCGACGCCGCUGCCCGUCGAGCGGCCAUUCGCGACCCCGCGCGAGGUCGCUGCCGCCGCGCGCCUCGUCGCGAACGCCAAGCGGCCGCUGCUGCUCGUCGGCAGCCAGUCGAUGCUGCCGCCGACGAGCGGCGACGAGCUGCGGGCGGCCGUCGAGGCGAUCGGCGUGCCGUGCUACCUCAGCGGCAUGUCGCGCGGCCUGCUCGGCCGCGACAGCGCCAUCCAGAUGCGGCAGCGGCGGCGCGAUGCGCUCAAGGAGGCCGACGUGAUCCUACUCGUGGGCACCGUCUGCGACUUCCGGCUCGGCUACGGACGCGUUCUCGGCCGGCGCGCCGCCAUCAUCGCCGUCAACCGCGACCGCGCGCAGCUGCUGCGCAACUCCGACCUGUUCUGGAAGCCGACGCUGGCGGUGCGCGGCGACCCGGGAAGCUUCCUCGUCACGCUCGCGGCCGAGCUGCGCGGACGCCGCUGCGACGACGACUGGCUGCAGCGGCUGCGGGAGCGCGACCGCGACGUGGAGCGCCGCAACGCGCUCAAGGCCGACGAGAAGGUCGACGCGCACCUCAACCCGAUCCAGGUGCUCAUGGAGAUGGAGGUGGCGAUGGCCGACGACGCCGUGGUCGUUGCCGACGGCGGCGACUUCGUCGGCACGGCGGCGUACGUUGUGCGGCCGCGCGGCCCGCUGUGCUGGCUCGACCCUGGCGCGUUCGGAACACUCGGCGUCGGCGGCGGAUUCGCGCUCGGCGCCAAGCUCUGCCGGCCCGACAGCGAGGUGUGGAUCGUCUACGGCGAUGGCUCGGCCGGCUACAGCAUCGCCGAGUUUGACACGUUCACGCGGCACGGCGUGCCCGUGCUCGCGAUCGUCGGCAACGACGCCGGCUGGACGCAGAUCUCACGCGAGCAGGUCCCGAUCUUCGGCAGCAACGUCGCGUGCGCGCUGGAUUACCUCGACUACGACAAGAUCGCCGAGGGUUACGGCGCGCGUGGAUUCAAGAUGGACGCCGGCGACAUCAACAACAUCAGCAUGAUAUUUGCCGCCGCGCAGCAGGAGUACAAGAAGGGCAAGAGCGUGUGCAUAAACGCGCUCAUAGGCAAGACGGACUUCAGAGAGGGUAGCAUUUCAGUGUGAGAAGUCGGGAAGCAUUUCAGUGUGUGAAGUCGGGAAGCAUUUCAGUGUGAGACGUCGGGAAGCGUAUAUACUUGCCGGGAUGCGUACGGUUUAGGUGGAGGUGUCGUUAUUUUGGCCGGUGAGAAACUGUUACUGUUGCCGGUUUAACUGAAAUGAAGUCGGAGUGCUGAAAUAGAUCAUUACAUGAAAAUUGACGUUUUGUUUGAUGUUUUGAUGUGUGAACAUGAGUAUUAUCAUUGUCAACGAAAUCAGAUGAUUAACAUGUUUGAUUAUUUUCAUUCUGAGUAGAAAAGGAAGAAUUCAGAAGACCGAUGAAAAAACUCACUGUACAAAGCAGUCAUAGGUAUUUUGUGUACGAAGAGUUUUAAGUGCUCAAAGAUAAAUGGGAAAAGCUUUACAUGUAACGUUUUAUGGCCGAUUUGAUGUUACGAUUUAUGAACAUUCAACAUAAGUCUUUAAAUGAUGCUAAUUAAAAAUCAACAUAAUAGUGUGCUUUUUGUGGCCUUAUAUAAAUUUCUUUGUGCAUAUGCAGGCGUGCAGUGUAUCUGACUAAUUGACAUACGCGUGGUGUAGUAAUGGUAUAGAUGCUGCAAGAUGUAUUAGUGCAUGCGUUUCUUAUACGAACAUAAUUUGAUAAAAAAUACAGUGUGUGGACUGAUACAUGGCGAAUGUUUGUCACAUGCAGUAGCCAAGUAGCAACGUACACUAUGUAGACAGGCUAACGUUAUACUUAAAAUGAGUUUAUCUGUGAUCAUUGCAAUCUAUAGUAUUUCUCUUAAUUUUUACGCGUACAGGCAAAAUGUAUGAACUAUUUGGCUUGUACGUAGAAUAUGUGCGUAUUUACUUAGUGAAGUGAUGGUGAGGAAAAUUUAUUUUGGUUGUGUCAUAAUCAAAAUGUAUGUCGUAAACCUGUAUCGAAGUAUUAUUUCUAGUUGCUGCUUAAAUGCGGUAUGUAGAACUAUUGAUUACUGAGAAAAUGGAAAAAAAUGGUUGUGGAAUGUCAUUUUGAA